AUGCUUCUUUCCAGCUGGAAUGUGGGCUACGGGCCUAUCGACGAAAGCCCGAUCAUGGAAACUAGCCAGCCCGUCCCAUGCGUUCUGUCAUUCAACAUUAUGGCAGAGGAUAACACGGGAAUUGACGAUGACAAGCGUGGAUUGCCUGAUCUACAGCAGCCUCAGUUGUCUGAUCGGGGGUGCGGUUUUCGAAUGGUCCAUUCGUUUCAGAGCAAGCAAGAAUUUGCGCGCGUCCAUGGCGAUGGCACCAAAGUCGAGAUGAUCAACGAAGCUUUCGCGAUGGAUCAAUUCAACAAUACGACCCGCACAAGAUACGCCUGGGUUGUCGCACCUAUCCCGGGUCCAUAUUCGCUUAUCUCUUCUGAUCUCCAAAAGCAAUGGAUCGUUCUGGUCGAACUGCCAAGCACGCCAGAGCGAUUUUUCCCUGCCGAGGGAGACACAUGCAAAAUUGCCUUCCUACAGGACUUCGAGUUUGAUGGCAUUCCUUACAACCAAGGCAUGCUCGCGGCUGAGCGAGUCUCGAAUCCAUAUGACGACAUGCUCGACAGACACCCAUACUCCUCUCAUGCGGUCUUCACUGUUACUACGGAGUACUUCGCCCAUCCUGUCACCAAAGAGCGAUUUCACCCGCUGGCUUCGAUCGAGAUUGCCCAGCCUAUCGACGUCAGUCACCCGCCCACCCCAUUGACCUUGCGCAAUGCAGUCGUCUGCAAACUCCAAGUCCAAUCAAACACAGUAACAUACGAAGCUGAGUUGUUGGCGUUGUCUGUCUUGACGGAACCAAAGAAGGAGUCGAACGUGCUGCCGGAAGCAACUAUUGGAACCUUUGAGUACCUGCUGGACUUCCGAAAAGAGCCCACUUUCAGAGUCGACCUUUUCGAAAAGCUGCCGCACAUGAACCAGCCAAACAAGCACCCGAACGCCUUCUUACAGGCAGUAUACAAUCGACUGGAUCACGAUCACAAACACGUUUACGAACAGCUUCGACAGAUCCCGGCUGGUCUUGCCCUGAUUCUCGGCUGCCCGGGGGCUGGAAAGACGUCGUUGAAUACAUUCAUCGCUGCAAUGGCGAUGUCCCAGCCUGUCAUGAAGCCUCAGGGAGAUGGAAAACAAAAGCGCCAGCCAGUCAAGAUUCUCUACCUGCUGGACGUGAACUAUCCGUGUGACGAUGCUGCCAGCAGGGUACACCACUUGUUGAAAGAUGCCGGCAUCAACAAGUCGGUCAUUCGGGUUCGUGGUUGCGCUCGCGAGAUGAAGCACAGCGCAAAACUGCACCCACAACCACAAGCUCCGGAAGAAGAUGCCACCCCGGAUUUUACUGCAGGAUUUCUCAAGCAGGCUCGCCUGUUCAGUGGCUUACAGAGAGUUCUUCGUGACGAAAAGCGAGCGCCGACACUAGACGAGGUGGCUUGGGACAGAUACGAGGCCGACAAGACCAAACACAAGGCUCUGACAACGAUGCUGAACAAGUUGGGACAGGGCGCAACGAAGACAAAACGGACGGCGAGAGAGUUAAGAAUCUGUGUCGCAAAACUUUACUUCUCUGUGAUUAGAGAGGCGGACUUCAUCGCUACCACUCCGGUCGGUGCGGCCGGCUAUCUCAGCAAAAUGUUUCGCCCCGAUAUCGUCUUUCUGGACGAAGCUGCACACGCCCGAGAACUUACGGCCAUGAUACCCAUUGCUCUCUAUUCGCCACAUGCGUUCAUCCUCACUGGUGACACUCGACAGACUCGACCCUUUGUUGAAUGCGCCAAAGGUUCAGCCAAGGGAGUCCAAGAGAACGUAUACGCCAAGCAGCUGAUGAUAAGCACGAUGGAGAGAGCAGAUCUCGCUGGCGCUCUACGCAGCAAACUUCUCAUCAGCCAUCGAAUGUACGGCAACCUCCAAGAGCUAGCAUCGGAGCUGUUUUACGAUAGGUUGUUGAUGUCCGGUAUACCCGAGACUGAGAGAUUCCCUGACACACUCUGCCACCUGCAACGAUGGCUAGCGAAGGUCACGGGUGGCAAGGAAUGCACUGUACCAAGGGUCCUGUUAUGUCACCGAGGUUCAAUGGAGGUCAGGGAAAGGUCCAGUUUCUAUAACCCAGUCCAUGAGGCCUUCAUCCAAAAGCGAUGUUACGAGCUACUCCAGGAUUCGAACUUCCAGCGCGUCGAUCAGCCCGACAAACCUGGUCGGAUUCUAAUCAUUACGCCUUACAAGACAGCUCUAUUGCGGUACGAACGUUUUAUCAAAGUCCUUCCAUCCGAGUUCCAAGCCAGACUCGAGAUCGAAUUGAGAUUGAAUGCCAUGGAAGUUCGUACAGUCGACUCGGCCCAAGGCCACGAGGCCGACUUCGUGUUCGUCGAUACGGUUCGGACAAAGAGUGCCGGGUUUCUGAACGACCCGAAGAGACUUUGUGUCAUGCUGACACGCGCCAGACUUGGGGAGAUGGUGCUGAUGCAUGAAGGGAUGACAAAGAAACUUAGCAUUGGCAGAAGCCUGCUGGACGCCGAAUGGACGACAAAGGUGUAUGAUCACUGCCGUCAGAAUGGUCAACUGCACUACAUUGGCUGA